AUGGCUUUCUCUUCUCGAUGGCUUGGCACGGUUAUUUUGUUUAUCACUUGUUUCUCCAAUUUCAUACAUGUCGUCGAUGCACAGAAUGAGACGCAGAAGCUUCCAACCUUUGGAGAUUCGGUUCCAAUUCUGGGUGCUAUGGAAAGGACGGAUCAAGAUUUCCAAGAUGGCCUCGCACUUGAUUUAUUCUCUCCUAAGAAUCGGACUCUUGUCGUUACACAGAAUACCUCACCACUCGGUGCACAAUUCGUAACUGGUACCACCGGAGAGCAAUUUGUUGCCUUAUCCAACUAUUCAUACAUAAUUCGAAUGAACGAGACCGCCAACGAUCUCAUCGCCAAGAUCGAGAUUCCAUAUGAUCCAGUAAUGCUCACGAUGAUAGGGGUCCAAGAAUCCAACACCUAUGUUGCAACUCUUGCUCCUGACAAAAUGAGCUGGGUUAUCAACGAGUCCACGCGGAACGUCCACCGGAGCGAGAACAACACCAGGAUUAUCAAGAUGACCUCACUGGAUGGGGAGUACUUGCUUGUGGGAAGAAAAUCAGUUGACACAUCGAACAUUUUCGUUCAGUAUGGCCAAGGGGCUACACGAACCGUCAACGUAACAGGAGGACCUGGGAUCCAAGAGGCGGAGUUUGUUGAUGGCUUGCGAUUCUCCGUCCAAUCUAACAAUGCGCUAAAGUUGAACGUUGAUCUGAAGCAAGGUAUUGAUCCGGCGAGCCUGCCAGGGGGUACGCAGUCUUUGAAUUCGUACAUGUGGGUGGUUAAUACCACGAGUGAGCCCGGCACAAACGUGGAGGCCCAGAUAUUGGUACCUUUCAAUCGCAACAUGCUAGUAGCAUUGCAGCCAAAUGGUUCAUCCCCUUCAACUAUGUUAACUAUUGCAAAGCGAGAGGCGAAUGCAACCAACCAGCAGUUCGUACCUAUAAAUAGAGAUAUGCAGUCUGUUCGAGAGCUUCCAGAAGAUAGAAUACAGCUCCCUGCAUUGACGCAGUUGGAUGGACAAUACAUCAUUCUAAUCACUGAGCCCAAUGCUUACGCCCGACGCGAUAUUUAUUCUUGA